AUUCUGUAAACCCACAACAUUAUGGAGGAGUAAACCACAGUCAAACGCGGGAGAUAAUAUAUUGUUUUCUUCUGUUGCUAUACUUUUAAAUAAGUUAUUUGUUUCUUUAAUAUGUAUUUGUAUGCUUCGGGAACUUGAGAAGCGGUAUUAUUAAGAGGAUUUGAGCCACGCGUGUAAACCGGCGACAAUAACGCGCGCCAUAAGUCUUUACCACGUGGACGUGCCUUUGAGAAUCAAAAGACAGAAAGAGAAAAGAGCAGCGAUGACGUCAGAGAAACCACCGUUGCCUGCAGAUGGAGAGCAGAACGAGGCUGAACUGGGUUUAGGGGUCGAGCAGGAGGUCGUGAUGGAAACGGCACGAGAUGGAUGGGACAGUAAAGUGGAAUAUUUCCUCGCUCAGGUGGGAUUCAGUGUGGGAUUGGGAAACGUUUGGAGAUUCCCGUACCUCUGCCACCAGAAUGGAGGAGGAGCGUUCAUAUUGCUGUAUGUGCUGUUGAUGGGGCUGGUCGGUGUGCCGUUGUUUUUUCUGGAGCUGGCGGCGGGUCAGAGUAUCAGACAGGGCAGCAUCGGCGUCUGGAGACAUAUUUCUCCAAAACUUGUUGGCAUUGGCUACUCCAGCUGUGUGGUGUGUUUCUUUGUAGCUCUGUAUUACAACGUAAUCAUCGGCUGGAGUAUUUUUUACAUGGGAAGUUCUUUCCAGUAUCCUCUACCAUGGGAAAACUGUCCGACAGAAGGCAACGGCACCGUGAAGGAAUGUGCCGCCAGCUCUCCCACGGCGUAUUUCUGGUACCGUAAAGCUCUGGAUAUCACAGAUUCCAUUGAUGAAACAGGAGAGUUUAACUAUAUCAUUACUGGGUGUCUGCUGGCCGCUUGGGUCAUCGUUUGUCUGGGCAUGUACAAGGGCAUCAAAUCGACUGGCAAGGUGAUGUAUUUCUCCUCCGUGUUUCCGUACGUGGUGCUGCUGUGUUUCCUGAUCAGAGGCGUGACGCUAGACGGGGCGUCCGAGGGCAUUAAAUUCAUGUUUUACCCCAGGCUGGAGAUCUGGGGCGAUGUUCAGGUGUGGCGUCAGGCAGCGACUCAGGUUUUCUUCGCUCUGGGUUUGGGUUUCGGUUCUGUGAUCGCGUAUUCUUCCUACAACCCUCGGAACAACAACUGCCAUCGAGACGCGUUCACUGUAUCUGGCGUCAACUUCAUGACGUCUGUUCUGGCCACGCUGGUGGUGUUUGCCGUGCUGGGCUUCAGAGCCAAAACCAUCGCCACCGAGUGUGUUAAACGUAACGUGAAGGACUUGUUUAAAGCGGGGCACAGCACUUCUUUACCUGACCUCUUAAUCAAUGUGUCAGAUGUGGAGAGCAUCACAUUGGACAAGUAUGAGGAGUGGUACAGGAUUCAGGGCCAGCAGCUGAAUAUCCCUGGUUACAACAUCACCGCCUGCAGCCUGGAGGAGGAGCUGAAACAGGGUGUGGAAGGAACCGGUUUAGCGUUCAUAGCAUUCACUGAAGCCAUGACGUUGUUUCCUGGGAGUCCGUUCUGGUCGGUGCUGUUCUUCCUUAUGCUGCUCAAUCUGGGUUUGUCCACCAUGUUCGGCACCAUGGCUGGAAUACUGACUCCGCUGACAGACACCUUUAAGACGCUACGCAAACACAAACUCCUCUUCACAAUGUGCAGCUGUGCAGUGGGCUUUCUGAUCGGUCUCAUGUUCACUCAACGCUGUGGAAACUACUUCGUGACGAUGUUUGAUGACUAUUCCGCCACACUUCCCCUCAUCAUCGUCGUCAUCUUUCAGACCCUCAGCGUGGCCUGGGUUUAUGGAGCCGACAGGUUUUUGGAGGACCUGAAGCGGAUGUUGGGUCGACCGCUUCCUGUAGUGUACAAAUACCUGUGGAAGUAUGUGUGUCCGGUCGCUAUGCUGGGGCUCUUGGGUGCCAGUCUGCUGAAGAUGAUCUUGGAGCAUCCCACAUACACCGCCUGGAACAGAGAAAAGGCGUCUAAGGAAGUGCUGCCUUAUCCAGGCUGGGCUAUUGCUGUCCUGAGCACGCUCAUCUGUGUCGCAUUUCUUCCCGUUCCCAUCGGGUACAUACAUUUCUUCCUCCUCGAACGGCUCGGCCAGUCUCCGCAAGACGCUGAGGCGAGAUACGUGCCGUGUGCCACCACAGACAUGGAUCUGACCCCACUCAGCACGUUACCACCCUCAGGAGAUGGCCCAAAUUCCUUUUCCCCUUUGCUUCAAGAAAACAACGACUAUCACUUGCAAAACGGCCACAUUGAACACUUUGAAUCAAGCGCGUUAUGAGAAGAAACUACAGCACAACCUUCAUUGGAGUUUACAAAUGUCUGAGAAGGACCUAUUUAAAUCAAGACCAUUUUAUUAGCAUACUUUGCUGUUGGGAACAAUCAUUUUAAUCGGUGCAUACGGGCAGAAAAACAACUGUUCGUAAAGGACUAGUUCAUCUCAAAAAGGAAAAUUGUCAUCAGCUUGGCUCACAACAUCUCAGAUGAUCUUCUGGAGCUUUUUAGCCGUUUAUGCCGGCUGCUCUUUUCACAGAAGUUGACAUCUGUUGAGCUGUUACCGUUAUAUUAGUCUUUAUAUGCAGCUUUGAUGGCGGUUUCCUUUUUGGAGUGAACUUUGGUUUUAAGUACAGUAUAGUAAUGGUACCGGCUGAGUUGUACCUGCGUUUGGUGAGUCCAGGUAAACGUUGAACAACAUUGCAACACUAUAGCUACCUGUUACGCUGGUCUAAUCAUUUGGUAACUGACGGUCCUGCUGCUUUAGUGAUCUGACAAGGUUAUUUUAUCAUGUUUUUGCAUAAAGGUGUUGAUGAUGGGUUUGACCCGUCGGUGUUAUUUGAACUGUACGAUACUGAAGAAGCAGCCAGUGCUUCGUCUCCGUUGAUAUCAUUAACACUUCAAUGCGUGAAUCAAGUCACAGCGGUCUAAAAAAAAUCAUUCCAAAUCAUUUUUUUCUUCCAGAAUGAUGAUUUAGUUAAUCAAUACCUUGUUGUCGUGAACAAAAACACACUUGACAUAUCAAGAGGACAGCUGGUUUGACUUGUGUAGGGGUCAAAGGUCAUUAAUAAUGACCAUCAAAGGGUUAAUGUUAGUCCAUUCUGAUGUGUUCUGCGUUUAGUGUCAUUAUUUAAGUGAGUAUUUGAGCUCAUAUCUGUAAAAAGGUACAUUGUGUGUUCAAAAGACUUUUUGAGCCAUGAAAUAUUCACCCAUAACUAAGACCUGGACAAAUACAGAGUUUCAGACCUACAACAUGGGAAAUUUUGUGUGUGUUUUCUGAACAGAAAUGUCUGUCAUAUUUCGUCUUUAUUUUUUUCUGCACAAUAUGACCUGGACGUUUUUUUUUUUUUUUUUUUUUUUUUUUUUUUUGCGAGGAAAAAAUACUAUUGGAUUUUUAAAACAUGUUUAUUUAUUUAUCUUUGUAACAUUUCAGGCUCUUUUUUUGAGCACCAACUA